AGAAUUCCGGAUAUGAACCGGAUGUCGUGGAUUUCAGAUGCAGUUCCAGUGCGCAUCGCGGUCGUCGGAAGCGGACGUGGCUGCCAUGCAGACAUCGCAGCAGCCGCUUCGGCCUCGGAAUGUCAGCGUAGGCAGCUGCACCAGCACGACGAGCGUAUUUAGCGUCAAGGUGCUGCAUGCGGAUGCCAUGCUGAUUGCGGGAGCUCCGUGGGUUCCAGACGAUGCGAUGGAUGUGUGUAUGGUUUGUUUUGCCUUGUUCACGCCGUUCCGACGAAAGCAUCACUGCCGGAGUUGUGGCGCGCUGGUGUGCGGGAACUGCUCGAAAGGGCGCCUUCGCAUCGACGGCAUGGAGCAGAAGUCGCGCGUGUGUGAUGUGUGCCAGCGGACGGACUUGCCUCCUCAGACAUGGCAAGAAUGGCUGUGGAGCAUUGAACUGCUGCGCGCGACUUGUCAGACAGCGGCGUGGUGGAGCUCGGUCAUGAAGCGUCGGCAAAUGACGAUUGGCGCAAUUCCGUCUCUGGAUGACGUCGAGCGGCGUUCGGGGGACGACGUUGAUGCGUUGCAGACUCAUCCUAAGCAUGCGCAGGAUUUGCACCAAAUCCAGAUUGAUAUCGACCGCACUUUCAAUGCGCCUCGCCAUCGUAGCCUGCCUGUGGAAUCGUACAGCCGCAAUGCUCUCAAGGAUAUACGGAAGCAUGCGCUUCAGCGUGUGUUGAAUGGAUAUGCUGCAUGCUACCCAUCGAUCGGAUAUUGCCAGGGCAUGGAUUACGUGGCGUCGAUCCUCUUAUUCGGGUCCAAAUGGGAUUGCUCGUACGCGUUUCGGCUGCUUUGUGUGCUCAUGGAAACGUACGAUCUCAAGAGCAUCUACAGCCCAGGCCUGCCACUUCUUAACGCUCGAUUUUAUCAAUUGGACGAGCUCGUACACGUUCAUCUCCGCGACCUCCACGAUCAUCUCGUGCACCACCAGAUUCACCCGAAUGUGUAUGCUUCCGGAUGGUUCUUGACACUGUUUGCAAACUUUCACUCGCUCGCGCCUCGUGUGGUGCUGCGCUUCUUCGACUUGUUCUUUGCCACAGGGUGGAAAGCGUUUUUUCGCGUGGCACUUGCCCUGCUGUCUAUGGCAAAGCGCAUGCUGCUGCAUGCCCACCACACGGACGCCCUCUUGACGCUUCUCCACACGAGAUUAUUCGACCUCGUCCCCGACGUACCCGAUCGAUUCUAGCUUCAAUUCGUCACUCGAUGGCGUUUGUAGACUGACUCGUCUAUCCACACGUUUUUUGCCCUCGCCAUGAGCUUCAAGGUCACGAACGCGUCGCUGCGGUCGUUAGAAGAGCAGUACACCCGCACGUCCAACGGCGGAACGUUUCUCGACGAGGAUUUGAUGGAGCAUCAUACGUCGUAGCAACAUGGUCCAUGGUCCACAAAUGGUGUUUUGUUAUUGUUAUACAAGUGGUCGUUAGUCCGUCUUUUUCGUCGAUUUGGUCUGCUCCAUCUCGACAAACGGCGAAAAACCAAACGACAGGAGCAGCGCAACACUGGCAAACACGACAGCAACCAUGCCAACGUCAAACGACGACGUCAGGGGCGGCAAUACAAAGCCGUUCGACGAGAUGAGGUACCCGAGGGACCCCAGGAGGGCAAAGAACGCAAAAAACGCGAUGCCGCUCAUGUUUGGCAUCUCGAGCACAUCGCUGUGGAUUGCUUGCAGGGCACGGUCGAGGACAGCCUGGCGACCCGGUGUGUGAGUCCCGUUCGCCUGGAUGUCCUGGACGUAGUUGCUGAACAUGCCACGGACCUUGGGCAUGGACGUAGCGUGUUCAAACAGGAAAGCAGCCGUGCCCUUGCGGACUUUGACGACGCCCGUGAAUACAAGUGGGUUGUUGUACAACUUGGCGAGGGUGGCCGCCGCCAUGACCUGCGGCAUCGCGCAAAAGAAAAACACGUCCGGGUGGCGGAUGCCGCUGAGGUACGUCAUGCAGUCGGGGAUGUGGCGAAGUGCAUCAAACACCAUCUCGUUCAAGCAUUCGAGGCUCGCAGGUUGCUUGGCCGGGUCGCGCAUGUCACCGAGGUUGCUCAUGUGUUUUUUCCAAAUUUCUUGGGGCCAGAACGUACGACCUUCGACAAAAUCUUCUAAGUAGUCGCGGAUGAUGUUAACCUUUUGCAAAAACGACCCCAUCGAGUUGCUGAGUGUGGUGAGGGACCCGACCGACGGCGCUUCCAGCCCACUGGCAGAAAAAAGACGACUCAGCCCUUCGCCGACGAGCCCAGCAACGUAAUAGCAAUAUUUGUCGUAGUCAGAGGUGCGCACCGUGCCUUGGCCCAUAUCGACUUCAACAAACUCAGCCAUCCCGGCUCCCAUCUUCUUGGUGAUGUCGGCGAUAAUUUCCUGGUGCGACACAGGCAACGAUGCAAACGAUCGGUUCAUGGCUGCGAUCUGCUCUAGCACCGUGGCUUCGUCGCCUUCGCCAAUGCCGUGAAUUGACAGCUUGGAGUCGUACAACUUUUCGUGGAAUUCGUGCAGCAUCUUGAUCUUUGUCUUGCUGUCGAUGCGCUUCAUGUCGUCUUCGACCGUAUCCAGCGCACGCAGCGCCAAGUAGAAGAUGCAUAUGGACAAGCGCAGUUGUUCGGGGAGGUUGAUGAUCACCAUGGCAAAACUGCGGCUGACCUUCUUCACCAUUUUAAAGCACCACGUGUCGUCUGCGUUCAAGUUGGCAGGCAAUUGUUUGGGGCCGGCAAGCUUGUUCUUGAGCAGCAUCUUGACAGCCGCGACAACUUCCCACGGAUGGGACAGCUGCGCGAGCUUGCUUUCUUUGUGGAUCGGGAUGGAUCCAUACGCGCCUUGCUUCUUCGAGACGUCCUUGCUGUCGCUCUUGCCGAGCAACUUGGCGAGGAUGCCGAAGACGACGACGCUGGAAAUGACGCACGACAUGUUUUCGAAGAAGACGUUCGAGAGCGAGGCAAAGAGGUCUUGGAGCAGGUCGCGGACGCUUUCAACAGCGAGCAAAGUUGUCACGGCGAAGACGAUAUGCAUUUCCAACCACCACGCCACAGCCACACUCGGUAAUCAAUUGGUUGAGGCAAGGGGGCGCUAAUGCCACCACGUCAAUUGCCG